AUGUGCAGAGGCGUCAUCCUUAACUUUUGGUGUCCGUGCACAUGGUCUGGACAUGAGAAGGAAACCAGAUACGGAGGGCACGGGGCGUUCGGUCACAGCGUCGUCCGCCAACUAAACCUGGGAGCCUACAGAUGGUGCUCUGACUAUUUCCCGUCGGAACAUUUCCAACUUGGGCUGUUCAUACCGAACUGUCCCAAGUCGAUCGACCACGACUGGCAGCAUACCCGGUCAACCACGCUCUGCGACGAGUGCAAGCGACUUGGCUGCCCAUUCCAGUACAAACCGCGCAGCAAUUAUGGGCACUUGACAGCGGAGGAGCGGAGAAUACGCGACUCCCGAUGGACCCCGAGAGAAAGGAAGCACUAUCGAAGCAAGCGUGCGCGCAACGAGCCGGCAACCCCGCCGUUGCGGACAGUAGACGCUUCGGCAGUCGUGUUAGAGCAGCCGAAACCCACCAGAACUCCAGUGCCAAGGAUGAGAACUCCGAAGUGGCCCAGUGGCCUCGGUUGGAGGCUCGUCCGGGGUGGUACGGCCGAAAUGCUGGAUGUUCAAUGGACAAGUAAGAGCGUCUGCAACGGAAACAAGGUCUACAACAACGAGGAAGUCUCUCCAUCAUCGGCCAAAUCAGCCGCGAUUAAGCUCGACACCGAGGCAGUUAAGGCAAUCACCAGUGAUGUUGACAACCAGCCACAGAAAGAGCAGGGCUCGACCGACAUCAUUCAUACGAAGACAGCGGGCGAUAAUUUCAUGGAAGUGGCUCAGCAAGUUCGCGAAAAGUACACUCAUUCGUAUUCCGGAGACAGGCCAGGCGCAGGACGGCUGGGUGGUCGGGCUAGAAGCAACACCACCGCCGCCCUUGGGCCCCGGCCCGUGCUGUUUCAACAGACGGACAUCCAAAUCUACGAUGACGAUGACAAUGACGAUGUCGACGCCGAUGUCCUUUCACUAGAUGCCAACCAAGAGGGGCUCCGGUGCGAACAGGAAGCCACGGACGAGGAAUGGGCGGAGCUCAUCAGGGGGCUCAACUAUCAGAUGAGACCGGGCUCUCGUGCAUCAGAUAGGUCCGAGGCGUCCACACCCUCGACCGUUAUCGGUAAAGAUUUGGCUCAGGACAUGUCUGAGGUAUCUACGCCGUCAACUGUUGUCGGUUCAGAGCGUUAG